AUGCUGCUCGAGAAAGGCACGAAGAAAGCCGACGAAGCCGGGCUGGACAUGUAUCUUCAGGCAUCUUUGAUGGGAGCAGAGUUGUACAAGAAGUUUGGGUUCGAGGUGGUGUCGGUCGAGGAAAUCGACCUGAGUCAGUGGGGAGUAGACAAGGUCGACACGCGCACGUACAUGAAGAGGGUGACUCGAGGAGUUCGUCAAUAA